UUCAAACAUUCAAACCCAAAACUUGACACUUUCUCUUCUCUCUUCUUCUUUCGUUCUUCCUAUUUUCUCUUAAGAACCAUAUAUUCUUCGUACAAGUUAGCAUUCCACAAAAAAUAAAAUGAAGCUCCUGUCCACAAAGGCAACGUGUAAUAGCCACGGCCAAGAUUCCUCAUACUUCUUAGGAUGGGAGGAAUACGAGAAGAACCCAUACGAUGAGGUUCACAAUCCCAAAGGAAUUAUUCAGAUGGGUCUUGCAGAGAAUCAGCUCUGUUUUGAUCUUCUGGAAUCAUGGCUCGAGAAGAACCCCGAUGCAGCGGGGUUCAAGCGUGAUGGAAAGUCCAUAUUCCGUGAACUUGCUCUCUUCCAGGACUACCAUGGCAUGCCUGCCUUCAAGAAGGCAAUCGUAGAUUUCAUGGCUGAGAUCAGAGGAAACAAGGUCACCUUCGAUCCCAACCAUAUUGUUCUCACUGCGGGUUCCACCUCAGCCAAUGAGACCCUCAUGUUCUGUCUCGCUGAACAAGGAGAUGCAUUCCUCCUUCCCACUCCUUAUUACCCAGGAUUUGAUAGAGAUCUGAAGUGGAGAACUGGAGUGGAGAUUGUUCCAAUACAAUGCAAUAGCUCUAACAACUUCCAAGUCACUGAAGCAGCAUUGCAACAAGCUUAUGAAGAGGCACAAAAGCGUAACCUCAAAGUGAAAGGCGUUCUCGUGACGAACCCAUCAAACCCACUAGGCACCACAAUGUCCCGGGGUGAACUGAAUCUUCUCGUCGACUUCAUCAAAGAGCAUGGGGACAUGCACUUGAUAAGCGACGAGAUCUACUCCGGGACAGUUUUUAGCUCCCCAGGGUUUGUCAGCGUCAUGGAAGUCCUCAAGGAAAGAAAUGAACUUAAGGUUUCUUCCAACGAGGAUGACAACAACGCUGACAGAGUCUGGGACAGAGUUCAUGUUGUCUAUAGUCUCUCCAAAGACUUGGGUUUGCCAGGUUUCCGCGUAGGCGCCAUCUACUCCGAGAACGACGAUGUUGUGUCUGCAGCCACCAAAAUGUCAAGCUUCGGUCUUGUCUCAUCACAAACACAGUAUCUUCUCUCUGCCAUGCUCGGAGACAAGAAGUUCACGAAGCUCUACAUCACUGAGAAUGAAAAGAGGCUUAAGCGACGACAGAGAAUGCUCGUUUCAGGAUUGCAAAAAGCCGGCAUCGGGUGCCUUGAGAGCAACGCAGGGUUGUUCUGCUGGGUUGACAUGAGGCACUUGUUGAGUUCCAACACUUUUGAAGCUGAGAUGGAUCUCUGGAAGAAGAUAGUGUACCAGGUUGGUUUGAACAUCUCACCCGGUUCAUCGUGCCAUUGCACUGAACCGGGGUGGUUCAGAGUGUGCUUCGCGAACAUGUCGGAGCAGACUCUCAACUUGGCCAUGAAAAGGUUGACGGCUUUUGUUGUUGAGUGCACCGGCAAUGGUGGCAGUGCUAAGAGGAACGGUGGUUUGAAAAUGAAGUCUCUCACUAAGUGGGUUUUCCGGUUAUCGUCACGCCGUGAUGGUCGUGAGCAAGAAGAACGAUAGCCUGGUCAUGUGUGUGAAAACGCAUGCAUAAUUCACUUCUAUUUUUCUUUUUUUUGGCCUCCCCGGUAUUUUUGGUGGAGUAGCCCAUGAAAAAUGUUUACUUUUCAUUUAUUUUUUUGUGAUAAAAAUGUAGGGAGUAAGAGAGAGCACUCUGCCCAUGUGGAUGUGAAGUGUGAGCCUUUUUAGUCAACCUGGUUUGUAUAAGUUUGAUUUCAUAUAUCAUGUCAUUAAUCCCUUACCAUAAAGUUAUAUAA